AUGACGGAAACCCUUCGCAUGAAUCCGCAACAUAUGUAUGACAAACCUAACGAGUAUGUUGCGAAGGACAGCGGAUUCCAAGAAAUGAAGAGUCAAAUCGAUGCUACAACUAUAUCACUUGCAGAUAGAAAGCUGACACUCGUUGACGAAAACGAGAAGGACAACAAACAUAAUAAAAAUGAAGCUGGUCUUCUAGAUCCGUGGAAUUCUAGCGUUAAAGAACAAGAUUUUGAAAACUCCAUAAAAUUCGAUAAAGAACCUAACUUAAAGAAUCACGAUAUGACAGGUGAUGAACCUGAAAAAAAGAAAGUUGACCUGUUCAAUUCGCAAACUUCUGACCUAUUGUUGCUUGACCCCCUUGGAGAUGAAAAGUUGAUAAUAAAUGAUGCGUCUUUAUCCGAAGAAGAAAAAAGGUCAAAGAUAAACAGCAUAUUUUCGCGAGCAGCAAGCAACGGAAAUGUAGAGAAAGUUACAAGAAUGUUAGAGACGGCAAGGGAAUAUAUUGACAUUGAUUCCCAAGAUGAGGAAGGAACCACUCCUUUGAUUUAUGCUGCAUGCUUUGGCCAUGAAUCUGUCGCUUAUACUUUGCUGGAAGCCGGAGCGAAAGUGGAUGCCAAAGAUAGAUUCGGUUGGACUCCAUUGAUGUGGGCAACCAACAACAAUCAUGAUCCAACGGUUCGGCUGUUUUUGGAUCGUGGUGCCGAUGCUGGUGCUAAGUCGGUGAAAGGUAGAACUGUGUUUGAUUUUAUCCCGUCCGAAAAUCCAAAAAUUGCCGAAAUUUUCAUACAAAAUCCUCAGCGCGAUAGCUGGUCAAGUGUUGGCAGCAUUGGCCGUUGGUCACUCUGUAGUGAGGCAGAACAAAAACUAGUAGAAAAGCUUGCAGAAGCUGAAAUGGAAAAAAGAAUGUUGGCAGAGAGUGCAUUGAAUUUGGAUGUAGAUCUAGCAAGUUUAGGGUUUGAAGAAUCCGAACCUGAAGAAGAAGAAGAAGGACCUCCCGAGUUUUUGUGGAACACCUGUUUGCCAGACCAAAUGUUUGUGUUCUCCUUCGAAGACAUACCACACAUUCUCAAAACCGUUGUCACGAAUAUGCAGCCUAUUCGAAAUAAAAGUCAAAAGCCUGUCCCUGCAAAUGUAUUAUUUUUAAGUGCAAGGUUUGCCCAUUACUUCAGCAGCCCCGAGUUAUUAGAAUCACUUUUAUUUGACGUGAUUAAUGCAAUAGAUCAUGCAGUUAAGACUCGCCCCGAUGAUAUGACACUUUUGGCAUUCUGGAUUUCAAACUGCACAUUAUUAUUAUAUUAUCUGAAAAAGGAUACGGGUCUCGCUGUCGCCACAGUGGAAUAUCAAUUAAGAAUCUCGGAGCAACUUCAUGAAAUAUACGUGCUCUUAAUAAAAGACGCACAAAAAAGAAUCGAAAAGAUUUUAGAAGCUUCGAUGUUGGAAUACGAUAAUAUUCCCGGAAUGGACGAUGUUCGAUUUGAAGGAGAGUGGCAAUUUAUUAGAACUUUUAUACGAAGAUCAAAAAGUCCACCACAAACAGGCUACAAUACACCUACGAAAAAUCCAGGCUCUAACUUAAGGAGAAGUUCUUCGACAUCAAUGGUUCCACCAUUUCGUUCACCUUCGUCCCCACGGCAAAGAAGUGCUCCAUCGCCUCGAAAUAUCACCUCGCUUUUGUCUUCAACUCUUUUUAUCCUUCAAACUUACGAAAUCCAUCCAAUGAUCAUAGAACAGGCACUCAGUCAAUUAUUCUAUUACAUUUCAUGUGAGCUCUUUAACAAAAUCCUCUCUCGCAAAAAAUACUUGUGUCGAUCAAAAGCGAUGCAAAUUCGUCUUAAUGUUUCCGCUCUCGAAGAUUGGGUUCGCACAAACAAUCUACCGCUAUCGUUGAUAUCACAUUUCCAACCUCUGAUCCAGCUUUUACAGUUGUUGAUGUGUUGGUCUCAAAUGACCGAUUUUGCAAUUUUGGUGCAAACAACAAAAGAGCUCAACCUCAUAAACCCAGCACAACUUAAGCGAGUCAGUAAAAAUUACAGAUAUGAAGUUAAUGAGCCAAGAAUAACUGAAGAAUGUCAGCAAUAUAUUCUCCAACUGGAAGAAGAUACGGAACGACGAAAGAAACGUUAUUCCACUGAGAGUAUAAGAAGUGAUCGAAGUGAUGCGUCAAGUAUUAUUUUCUUAACAGUGUCGCCCUCACUACCACCUUGUGCUGGACCAAAUUGGGAAGAUGACGACGAUUUAAUGGAGAUGAAGGAUAGUGAGUUAUUAUUACCAUUCGCUAUACCGACCAGUACAGAAAUGUUGGCAAAUUAUGGUGGCAAGGAAAAAGGAACUGACUUCAUACCCUUGGUUCCGGACGAAUGGAUGGAAAAAUUAGAUGUCGAAAUGCGACAUGGCGCAGGUGCACUGGAGAUUAACUGA